UGCGCCUCUGACGAGCCCGAAAGUCAUUUCCAACCUCAAGUGGACUUUGUUCCAACUAUUGGGGGCGUCGCUCCCCCUCUUCAUGGUCGCCGGCAAACUUCCUCCUCGGCGCCGCUUCUAAUGGAGCCCCACCUGCUCGGGCUGCUCCUCGGCCUCCUGCUCAGUGGCACCAGGGUCCUCGCCGGCUACCCAAUUUGGUGGUCCCUGGCCCUGGGCCAGCAGUACACAUCUCUGGGCUCCCAGCCUCUGCUCUGCGGCUCUAUCCCAGGCCUGGUCCCCAAGCAACUGCGCUUCUGCCGCAAUUACAUUGAGAUUAUGCCCAGCGUAGCAGAAGGCGUGAAGCUGGGCAUCCAGGAGUGCCAGCAUCAGUUCCGGGGCCGCCGCUGGAACUGUACCACCGUAGACGACAGCCUGGCUAUCUUUGGGCCUGUCCUGGACAAAGCCACCCGCGAAUCGGCCUUCGUGCAUGCCAUCGCCUCAGCCGGUGUAGCCUUCGCCGUCACGCGCUCCUGCGCCGAGGGCACCUCCACCAUCUGCGGCUGUGACUCGCAUCACAAGGGGCCGCCGGGAGAGGGCUGGAAGUGGGGGGGCUGCAGCGAGGACGCCGACUUCGGGGUGCUGGUGUCCCGGGAGUUUGCAGACGCGCGGGAGAACAGGCCGGAUGCCCGCUCAGCUAUGAACAAGCACAACAACGAAGCAGGCCGCACGACCAUCCUUGACCACAUGCACCUGAAAUGCAAAUGCCAUGGGCUGUCAGGCAGCUGCGAGGUGAAGACCUGCUGGUGGGCCCAGCCCGACUUCCGAGCCAUUGGCGAUUUCCUCAAGGACAAGUACGACAGCGCCUCAGAGAUGGUGGUGGAGAAGCACCGGGAGUCCAGAGGCUGGGUGGAGACCCUGCGGGCCAAGUACGCGCUCUUCAAGCCGCCCACCGAGAGGGACCUGGUCUACUACGAGAACUCCCCCAACUUUUGUGAGCCCAACCCAGAGACGGGCUCCUUUGGCACCAGGGACCGGACUUGCAACGUCACCUCCCACGGCAUCGACGGCUGCGACCUGCUGUGCUGUGGCCGGGGCCACAACACGAGGACGGAGAAGCGGAAGGAGAAAUGCCAUUGUGUCUUCCACUGGUGCUGCUACGUCAGCUGCCAGGAGUGCAUCCGUAUCUAUGACGUGCACACGUGCAAGUAGGGAGCCAGGGCACUGGGAAAGGAUCUAGAUCUGGGCCAGCCUUCGGCACUGGCCAGCAAGGAGCGUGGACUGUUGCCAGCUGCAUGCGAUAAACGACCCGGACCAGCCGGCUUCGGAGGGGAGGCUUCUCCUUUCUCAGCUAACGUCUCUCACCCUGCUCUGGAUGGUGUGGCUUUACAGAGGGGCUUCCCUGGUGGUUUUCCAGGGUCUGCUGGGGACAGACCCGAGGCUUACCUUUGCACAUGUUAAAGAAAAUAAAAAUGAAAAAAAAAAAAUCUACUGCAACAGAACAGGCUGGGCUAAUGCAAGCUCUUGGCCUGGUGGGAAGGACAAGGGUGGGGCAAGAGUCUGUGUCCAGGCUGCCUACUCGUGACGUUCCAAGAUGCCUCUGAGGUGGGAAUUGUGAAAUAGGUCAGAACCCCGCAGUCCCCUUUUGUCCAUCAGCUCCCAUUCAAAUUGGACACACUUUCCCAUUGUGAGAAAAGCCAUAGGUGUAGCUGGGAUAUAGUAGCGGAGGGCCUGUGCCAUUGUUGGGGCAGGAUCUUGAAUUUUGAAGAGCCGAGAGUUCCGGGCGGCUGGGAAGCCAUUUGAAGAACAGCUGAGUUCCUCCUGGGCUCUUUUUUUUUUUUUUCCCCUAUCGCCCUGCCCUGCACUAGAGAGAUAGUCGGAUCUCGACAUCGGUUUCUGCCAUUCUGCAGCUUCCGCCUUUGCUGCAAAUCUUUUUCAUGGUGGAUCUUGUAAAUAGGUUAGCGGUGGAGGCAAGUCUCCCCCGUCUCCAUCCACCACCUGCAGAAAGAAGGGACUGUUGUGCUAGUCUCGGCCUUGCCCACCAGCAGACGCCAGGGAGAGUGGCCGGGUACCUUCGUGUUACCCAGACAGCGCCAGCAACAGAGCUGUCUACGUGGCUGGCAGGUGGGGAGGGCAGAGAGUCCCGCUCCCCUUGUGCGGGGAGGGCAGGCCAUCCUGCAUCCUUUUCUCCUGCUGGCUGGGCUAACCCAAAAGAGAAAAGAUCCUUAACACAGCCCUUCCCCCUCCUGUGAGCGAGACAGCCUAGCUCAGUUCCCAAGGAUCUGGAUUAGAUGCCCAAAGGAGUCCAGCAGGUGAACGAAGCAGCUCCCAGCUCAGUCCUCGAAGCACAAUGGCCCUGGCUAGGGUGACAGUAAGAUGGGUGUGGCAGCAUGGAUCGAUCCAUCCGCUCUGUCUUAAGGAAAAUCAGAUAGAGGAGAUGCAACAGGGGAAUGGAGCAGAACAAAGAUCUGUCCUUCCCUCUUCUGUCUGGGGUCUGCUAAACUCAGACUUGACACUUGAGUCAGCCCCUUGACUAUCCUGUUGUGCAGUUGGCUUGCCAAGCAGGCCCAAGUAGGCCCUUGCGUGUGCACUCUCCACCCUGCCAGCAUGAGCUCUGCUCGGGGUUCACCUCACACCCCUUCUCCUAGCAUCCCCAAUGCCCCUUCCCAUCUCUCCUCCGGAAGUCGGAAAUCAAGUCAACUGGAUAACAAUGCUCGCUUUCGUGAGGACACUUCAGCAGAUCGGAUACCACAAUCCACAAGUCUUCUCAUAUCCAUGUAUUCUAUAUUAAAAGUGAUAAAGUCAUGUUUCUGGGGCGUAUUCAAGUAGCUGACAAGUAAUUAUUUAAUAAUAGUACAUGAGUGCAUUGUAAUUAUCCUCGCCAUAGUCAGGUGAUAGUAUCCAACGGGAAUUUCCUACCAACCUGCUGUAUCCAAAGUUUUGUAAAAAGUUGUAGAAGUUG